AUCGCUCUCCUACUGCGCCGCGGGGGCGCUCGCGGGGCUAAAGGAGUGGCCCACGCCUCCAGCUCGCAAUCUGCUGGGACCCAGGCCGGCCCUCACCGCCUGGCCACGGAGGUCAUUGGUUUCCCAGUAGUUCAGUUGCACAUGAGCAGAACAGCAAUGGGAAUCGGUCAGAAAGACUUCGAAAAUGCAAUGAAUCAGGUGAAACUCUUGAAGAAGGAUCCAGGAAAUGAAGUGAAGCUAAAACUCUACGCACUAUAUAAGCAGGCCACUGAAGGACCUUGUAAUUUGCCCAAACCAGGUGUGUUUGACUUGAUCAAUAAGGCCAAGUGGGAUGCAUGGAAUGCCCUUGGCAGCCUGCCCAAGGAAACUGCAAGGCAGAACUAUGUGGACUUGGUGUCCAGUUUAAGUCCUCCAUCUGAAUCCUCUAGCCAGGUGGAGCCUGGAGCCUACAGGAAACCACCUGGAUAUGAAACUUUGGUGGUGACUUCCGAAGAUGGCAUCACAAAGAUCAUGUUAAACCGGCCCACCAAAAAAAAUGCCAUCAGCUCUCAGAUGUAUCAAGAAAUUAUGCUCGCACUUAAAGCUGCAAGCAAGGAUGACUCAGCUAUAACUGUUUUAACAGGAAAUGGUGACUAUUACAGCAGUGGAAAUGAUCUGUCUAACUUCACUGAUAUUCCCUCUGGUGGAGUAGAAGAAAAAGCUAAAAAUAGUGCUCUUUUUUUGAGGGAUUUUGUAGGCUGUUUUAUAGAUUUUCCUAAGCCUCUGAUUGCCGUGGUAAAUGGUCCAGCUGUGGGAAUUUCUGUCACCCUCCUUGGAUUAUUUGAUGCUGUGUAUGCUUCCGAUAGGGCAACAUUUCAUACUCCGUUUAGUCACCUAGGCCAGAGUCCAGAAGGAUGCUCCUCGUACACCUUUCCAAAGAUAAUGGGCUCUGCCAAGGCAACUGAGAUGCUUAUUUUUGGAAAGAAGUUAACAGCAGGCGAGGCAUGUGCUCAAGGACUCGUCACUGAGGUUUUCCCUGAUAGUACUCUUCAGAAAGAAGUUUGGACCAGGCUGAAAACAUACGCAAAGCUCCCCCCAAAUGCCAUGAGAGUUUCAAAAGAGAUAAUCAGAAAUACAGAGAAAGAAAAGCUGCAUGCUGUUAAUGCUGAAGAAUGCAGGGUAAUCCAGGGAAGGUGGCUGUCAGAUGAAUGCAUGAAUGCAGUCAUGAACUUCUUAUCCAAAAAAGCAAAACUGUGAUGACUACACUCCAGCAAAGUUAAGCAUGUGAAAGGAAGGGAUGUGCUAUUAUUUCUGAUUUCUAAUACUUGAACUAAAGAAACUUCAUUGUGCCUUUUUUCAGUGUUAAAAUAUCAACUAUAUUUCACUACAGCCCCGAUGAAUAAAAACUUUCAUAAAACAA